AUGCUGCAGCUCCUGCUCCUUGCCGCCCUCGCCCUCUGUGGACGCUGCUCUGAGCAGGAUCUCGAUGGGCUGCAGCGGGUGGUCGGUGGCACCGAGGCGCGCUCGCACGCCUGGCCCUCCCAGAUCUCCCUGCAGUACUACUCUGGUGGCAGCUGGCACCACACCUGCGGAGGGUCCCUUAUCCAGAGGAACUGGGUGAUGACAGCAGCCCACUGUGUGGAUCGCAACCUGAACUUCCGUGUCGUGGCUGGGGAGCACCACCUCAACACAAACGAUGGCAGCGAGCAGGUCUUCAGCGUCAGCAAGAUCAUCAUCCACCCCUACUGGAACAGCAACAACGUUGCUGCAGGCUACGACAUCGCCCUGCUCCGCCUGGGCAGCUACGCUACCAUCAACCAGUAUGUGCAGCUGGCCAAACUGCCCCAGUCGGGAUACAUCCUGCCCAACAACUACCCCUGCUACAUCACGGGCUGGGGGCUCACCCGCAGCAACGGGCAGCUCUCCAACGUGCUGCUGCAGGCCUACCUGCCCGUAGUUGACUACCAGAUCUGCUCCAGCUCCUCCUACUGGGGCUCCACCGUCAAGAGCACCAUGGUCUGCGCCGGCGGGGACGGCGUUCGCUCCGGCUGCCAGGGUGACUCCGGCGGCCCCCUGCACUGCGCUGUGAACGGCCAGUACCAGGUCCACGGUGUCACCAGCUUCGUGUCCAGCCAGGGCUGCAACGUCCUGCGCAAACCUACCGUCUUCACCCGCGUCUCUGCCUACAUCUCCUGGAUCCAGAGCACGAUUGCUCGGAACUGA